AUGUAUCCUCCUGGCGUUUUCUCGCAUCAACGACCAGUGGUAAUUCAUGGCGUUUCUGAUCCUGUGGCUGCGACCAGACCACCUGUCCCACCUGUUGCUCCAGCAGAUAUACCACAAUUUAAUGUAUACAUAGGCAAAAUUGCGUCAACAGUGGACAAAGAUUUUAUUCUUUCUCUUCUCGAGGUCUGUGGACCUGUAAAAAGUUGGAAGCCAGUCACAAAUCCCAUAGAUGGAACUCCUACUGCAUUUGGCUUUUGUGAGUUUGAGUCUGCUGAAAGCAGUCUUCGUGCAAGGCGGUUGCUCAACAAACUGAGUGUUGAUGGCCAAGAACUGGUGCUUAAUGUCAAUCAAUCCACCAGAGAUUACCUUCAGAAACACGGAGAUAGAACUUUAGAAGAGAAGGCCAGUGAAGCUGAUAAGGAUGCUAUUCAAAAGAUACGCAGUAUGAUUAUAGAGAGAUUGAAGAGUAAACUUCCAGGUUCACCAAUUCCGCCAGUUCAGCUUAAUGUCAAUGCAGCCACAUAUCUUGAGAAAUAUGGUCAGAGUACUACAGAAGAGAAGGCCAAUGAAGCUGAUAAGGAUGCAAUGCAAAAGAUACACAGUACGGUUGAAGAAAGAAUGAAGAGUAAAUGUCCAGGUUCACCAAUUCUGCCAGUUCAGGUGUCUGCCAGUCCUCCUUUAUCACUGAGCGGUCAUUUAGGGGCCUUAGCUGGUGAUCCGGGUUGUUUCCCUCUCGACGAUGAAGUUGUUGAUGAGAAUAGCGAUGUUGAUUCCAGAAGUAUUGCACUAGAGGAGAGGAAAAUCAGGAGACAAUGCGAAAAAGAGGACCAUUUAAGGGAAAGGAUAGCUGUGGGUUUGCAAUGUUGGAAAGAUAGAGAAGUGACUGCAGCUGGAAAGUCCUCUCUGCAAAUUGAUGGGGCAUCGACAAUGUAUGCCCCUAUGGAGUGUGAAUCUACAGUUGAACAUGAGACGAAAAGUCAGCACAGGGCAAGAGAGAAAAAAGUGGGUUAUGAAUUGGAAGCUACAUCCAAGUCAGGGGACAAUAAAACUUUGGAUGCAAACCAGUUGCUUGAUACUGUCCAUAAGGAGAAGGAAGAGCUAAAACAGUUGCUUGCUACUGUCCCUAAGACGAAGGAAGAGCUAUUUUCCCAUGAUAUCAAUUGGGCAAUUUAUGACGAGCAUGGAUUGCAUGAGAGAAUGAGGCCUUGGAUUUCAAGGAAGUUGACGGAAAUUUUCGACGCGGAGUUGCCAGAGUUUGUGGACUACGUUGUCAAAACCAUGAAAGAACAUGUGAGUGCACCCAGAAUGGUGGAGCUCUUUUUAUCUCUGUUGGAUGAUGACACGGAGAGGUUUGUCGUCUUGAUGUGGAGGAAACUGAUAUUUGAAAUCAAGAGAGUCGAAACAGAACUAGAACGAACGAGGCCAUGCCAGUGCGCUGCUGCUCAAGGUGGUGGGUAG